GUUUGAUCGAGUUGUCAUCAAUCAAUACGGUCGAGUUUCAUCACAAUUGAAUCACGGCCAAUUAAUAGAUUACACGUGGUUCCAUCGUGUAUCGGUUCAUCAAAUCGAAUUCGGAUUCAAUUAAUCGGUUCGGGUUUUAAAACAUUAAACACAUUAUAAUUUGGCCACAAUCAAACCCUAAUAUGCACCCACAAAGUUCCUACAUUUCAAACCCUAAAAUUUCCCUUCAAUCUGCACAAAACUCCCAUGUCUCUUGAUAAGGCCGUUGAAAGGGGAAAUGAGUCAUCGGCCCCUAUAUCGACGGCAGUUGCUGCCGUGACCAACGGUAAUGGUAAUGGAACUGGUGCAGCGCCGUCUAACGCCAGCUACCGUCUCCGAUUGAACCCUAAUCAAGACCACAAGGCGGACAACUACGACGAUCUAGGGAUGGAGUUCACUCCCCUGCUUUUCAGCUCUCUGGAGCGAUACUUGCCUCCGAAUCUCUUGAAUGCUUCUCGAGACACAAAGUAUAAGUACAUGCGGAACAUUCUGCGUCGUUAUUCGACUGAAGGAGAGCGUACUCGAGAUCAGAAGCACAGAGAGUACAGGCAAAAGAUCAUAUCCAAUUACCAGCCUCUGUACAGAGAACUUUAUACAUUGAAUCCUUCAAGCUUUUUUGUCCAAUCCUUUUGGAAGGCAUUUAGUGCGAAUGAUAAGAACAGAGACGAAAGUAUCAGAAGCAUAAUGUCUGAACCUGCUCCAGGAGUGUAUACAUUCGAUAUGCUCCAGCCAAGUUUCUGUGAUAUGUUGCUAAGUGAGGUAGAAAAUUUUGAAAAAUGGGUCCAUGAAACAAAAUUCAGAAUCAUGCGACCCAAUACCAUGAACAAAUAUGGUGCUGUUCUUGAUGACUUUGGCAUGGAAUCCAUGCUUGAGAAGCUUAUGGAAGAGUUCAUUCGCCAUAUCUCAAAAAUUUUCUUCCUUGAUGUUGGAGGGUAUUCUCUUGAUUCCCAUCAUGGAUUUGUAGUUGAAUAUGGAAUGGAUAGAGAUGUUGAACUGGGGUUCCAUGUGGAUGACUCUGAGGUAACUUUGAAUGUAUGCUUGGGGAAGAAUUUUACUGGUGGGGAGUUGUUUUUUAGAGGUGUUCGAUGCGAGAAACAUGUGAAUACUGAAACACAUCCUGAGGAAAUUUAUGAUCAUGCACAUUUACCUGGACGUGCGAUUAUUCAUCGUGGUCGACAUCGACAUGGUGCAAGAGCCACCACAUCAGGACAGAGAAUGAAUUUACUGCUGUGGUGCAGAAGUUCUGUGUUUAGAGAGUUGAGGAAACAUCAAAAGGAGUAUUUGAAUUGGUGUGCGGAGUGCAGAAGGGAGAAGCAAGCAAGGCUUCAGCAGUCUGUGACUGCAAAGAAAAUGGAGUUGCUUGUGAGUCAAGGAGAUGGUGGGGAUUUUAAUCCUCGUUAGAAGAAGAUGAUGAUGAAUCUGGUUUGUUUUUUGGGGUGUUGUAAAUUCAGGUCUCUUUUUUUUCAGUUGGACUACAUGUUCUGCCCUUUGGACUUUGAUUUAAAAUGGCGGAAUGUUGUUUGUUACAAUUUAACUUAAACUUAGAUUAUGUGCUUUUUGUGCUUCUUGUUGUGAUUCAAUAUUGUUUGUUAGAAGGUGAAAUAUGGAUGUUUUGUUCUUAUAAAGCUUCUGCUCUGUCUCUUGUGUUUUUAAACCAAACAUGAAUGAUUGAUAUUAGAUAGAUAGACUGGAGUUGAUUAAAAAUGAUUAGUGAAUAGUGAGUAAAAGAUAGAUUUUGAAAAAUUAAUGAUUAGAAUUAUGAAAUUUCCUGCUU